AACUAAAUGAUACGAAGAAAAGAAAGUAUUCUUGAUCUGUGGUGGAUGUCAGUCGAAACUGACACUAGUAGUACAGUCACUGUAAACCUGCUAUGAAAUCACGAGUCUUUUUGUGAAUAUAUGGCGUUCACGUGCUGAUCAAGGUAAAGAUUGAGUGAAGUUGUGUCACUGUCUUCGUAUAGAGUUAUUUUUAACUGUGCAAUGGAGUCUCUGUCAAGGAAUUUUAUUUCGCUGCUAAACGAGUACCAGCAGAGGACUAAGUGCACCGUGGAGUAUGAGGAGGGAUCCAAAGAGGGACCGGAUCAUAAUAAAACCUUCACUAUGAGGGCGAUUAUAAAUGGUCAGCGGUAUCCUGAUGGCACUGGGAAAACCAAGAAGGAGGCAAAGCAAAGUGCUGCCAAGAACGCCCUUGAUGGCAUAAAGAUCACUCACAAUACUGAAUCUGCGGCAUCAUCUGUUCAGAACAUUUCCAACAACAUGACUAUAUCUCAUCAGAAUUACAUAUGUUGGCUCAAUGAAUAUUCACAGAAGAGCAAGUUAGUAUUCAAGGCCCGUGAGACCACUAAGAGGGAUCCAGGAAACUCUACUCAAUUGUGUACUUAUGUCUGUAAGUAUGUUUGCGGUGAUAGAGAGUUUCCAGAGGCUUAUGGAAAAAAUAAGAAGGAAGCCAAAGAGGCAGCAGCUUCCCGUGUUUAUGAAGAGCUAUUCAAAACACAAAAUGCAGAGGUCCUUGACGAGAACAGCAAUAGAGCACAGAGGUCAGAGGUUGCAGCUUGUAGCACUAGCCUGGACCGUUUGAGUGUAAGUGCUGCUGAUGAAUCUCAAAGCUCCACGACUGACCACAACUACAUUGCGUAUCUCAAUGACUUCUGCCAGAAAAAAAAACGUGUACGUUAUUUCAUAUUAGUGGAGAAAAGAGGCCCUCCUCACAACCCAGAGUUUGUGUAUAAAGUUGUCAUAGACGGGAAGGAAUACCCCGAAGGACAAGGAAAGAGCUCAAAAGAGGCGAAGCAACAUGCUGCUCAGAACGCUUGGAGUGAAAUUCGUGAUCAGAUAAGCUGGACCACACAGAGUCCUGAAGAUGACACCUCUUCACAAACCCCAGAGACAUUUAAACCUGAGGAUGCACGACUCUCAUCAAACAGCUCGGCUGAAACUCCCAUGGCCAUAAGUGCUCCUGUGAGCCAACUGGAUGUGAAGCCGAAAAUAAAAUUGGCAGCAAAUUUUCUUCAGUCACCAAAUGGCCUGGCCCAGGGUAAAGAGAAAUCAGCAAAGCCAUCUGGAGGUCAAACUUCAAACCAAGCUAUAAAGUCAAGGUUUUUAGAAGACUUUGACUCAAUAAAUCCGAUUGGCAUUGGUUCCUUCGGACGGGUUUUCAAGGCAAGACGAAAACUGGAGAACAAAUAUUAUGCUGUGAAGAUAGUGAAGAGUAGAGAAAAAGCUUGUCGUGAGGUUGAUGCUUUGUCUCGUUUAAACAACGCCAACAUCGUCCGCUACUACACGGCUUGGGAAGAGGACAAGGCGUACAUACACAAGUCUUCAGGGAGCAGCAACUUCUCAGAUUCUGGCAGUGGCUCAGGGACAAAGUUCCUUUACAUUCAGAUGGAGCUUUGUGAGGGAGACACGCUGCGUGCCUGGAUUGCUGAAAGGAACUUUACAAAUAAACAUUUCCCAGAGAGGAAAGCAGACGCAUCACGGAUCAGCAGGCAGGUGCUGACGGCUGUGGAGUACAUUCACUCUAAAGGCUUGAUCCACAGAGACCUGAAGCCUGCAAACAUAAUGUUUAGCAGUGAGGGAGGAGUAAAGGUUGGAGACUUCGGCCUUGUGACUGUAGCAGAAAAUGAUGAGCGACUGCUGGAACGGACUAUAGACACAGGAUCCCCUUUAUACAUGGCCCCAGAGCAGGUGACUAAAUCCUAUGACAAAAAGGUGGAUAUUUACGCUCUAGGUCUCAUAUACUUUGAGCUUCUCAGGAAAUUUGACACGAUGGCAGAAAAGGACAAGAUUUGGCAUGAUGUAAGAAUUAGGAAUUUUCCAACAGAUUUCUCCCAGCAAUACAGAUUUGAAGCAAUGCUCGUAAGGCGAAUGUUGAGUCCCAGUCCUGGAGACAGACCAAACGCCACAGAUCUGAUCAAAAAGAUGCAAUAUUAUCUGGAAACAGAUAAAGACAUCAAGAUGUUCUGAUGCUUAUAUUUAAGGCAAAGCAUUUAGCAGAUUCUACUAUAAAGCAACUUACAAAAAGUGCUUUAGAUUCAGACUGACACAGUCAGCAGAAGGCAAGUGUGCAAUUUAAUCUAUAAAGCAACUUUAUGGAAGUAAAUUAAUGCCAAAUUUUAUCGAAAAAAAAACU